AUGGGGAAAGUCCAGGUCGACACGAGAGAACCUGAAGAAUCUCUUCAGGCCAGUGAAGCUUUGGAGAAAAAUAGCCCGGAGGUGGAUGAUCAGCAAGCAGGAUACAAGGACGCAUUGAAAAUGAUUGGCCAUACGAUCGGAUUGUCAUUAGAGUACUUACAGAAAAUAGGGGACCCUGAACUUCAUCACGCAGAGGAAGCUAUUACAGCAAUCGAUUUGAGCAGCCGUGAGGAUGAACGUUUUGCAAGUGAGCAGAUCUUUGAUCCAGAGCAACCAGCUGGUGAGGACUCAGACUCGGAUUCUGAUGUCCCAAUGCCAGAGAACUGGGGUGUCCAACGGCAGAAGAGAGGUAGUAUAAUCAGACCAGUGGAGCUACUUGCCUUGGAUUGGCAUUUGCUGGAAGCUGCCAAGCUUGCCGGAUAUGGAGCCGGGUUGCUGGAUGUGGUCGAAUUCCAAGUGGCCUGCCACGAGGAAAAGAUUGGCACCUUGUCAAAAGAUGAGCCCCGUAAUGCCAAGGCCUAG